AUGUCGCGGCUUGCGCUCCAGAGUGCUCAAGCCUCUGCUUCUGCCUCUGCUCCUGCUUCCGACUCUGUCGAUGUUGCUACCACAACACCAGUCGAGACCACCACCCCAGCUUUCGGUUUCGAUCACCACCACAACCUCAACCGCGCCGCCUCCCCCUCCGACGUCCCCGUCGAUGAUAGUCCAACCGUCGGUCGCAUCAUACACUCUAACCCGGCCGUCCCGUCCCUCGGCUCGUUAUCCUCGUCGGGUCCUAGAUCCCCUCGACCAGCCAUCUCCAGUCCGCUUGCAACCUCGCUCAACUUUCCGUUCGGGCCCACGAGUCCAAGUCCGAGAUCCAUCAGUUUCCCUCUUCGACAGACUCCAACGCCGACUUCUCUAGCCGAGCAGGCCGCCAAGAAGACGGCUAUUGUACGACAGACCUCGUUUUACAGCGACUCAUCCGACGAAGGAUCACCAGAACCCCGGAGCCCUAGACUGGGCUAUCCAGGUAGUCCGAAUGAGUUACGAACCGUCUCUGACCCCGUGACUUUGAAGCCUUCCCAAGGCUCAAUCUCGAAUCCCCGGCCAGUCAUGGCUGGUCCGGUAGCUGCGACUCAGGCCGAGUCCUCCAAGUCCAUGCCUCGAAACUCGUCCAUCGACUCAGCGAUUUCUGCAAUCUCAAUAAAGUCGGGUCCCAAUGGCAACCAGGAUGGUCAACAUGGCGCCUCUGAUAUUGCGAACCUGAUCAAGACGGCGGGAAGCCCCGAGGCACUCAUCCAGUAUCUGCUCAAGGAGAAGCAUUCUCAGUCGCAACAAAAUGGUCAGCUGUGGCGCCUGGUCGAUAAGCAGCGAGCCAUGAUCCUUGGUCUCAACAAGGAUCUCGAAAGAGCCUUGAAAGACAAGGAAAAGUACAGGAAGAAACUGAAGGAGGUCAUGGCUAUUCCGGCUGUUUCUCAGACCCCCGUUGGGACUGGAAAAGCUCCUGCUCAACCUCCUAGACCCUCCGCCCCCCGAGUCGACAUCGAGCGAACAAAGGAGCAAGCAGUAACUCCGGAUUCGCCAAUCCUCGAAUCCGACAGCCCGAAGAAUUCUCCGAUUGAUAUCAGCAUGGCACCAUAUCCGAUUACACCACCGGCCGACCAGCCCAGUGCUCCUCAUUCGGCAGUGGGUGAAUUGUUGAAUCCUGCACACUCGAUGCCAAAGCCUCAGGAUCACGCUCUAGACAAGUUCGACCACGAGGCAGAGGAGAGGGCCGCCGACCAGGCCCGUAAGGAAAAGAGCGAGGAGCCUCUCAAGGACAUUGCGUUCAACAUUUCCAUUCCUCCAUCGCGAAGCCUGCCUAGCGAGCCGCCGAAGAUGCCACCGCCAAAGCCUCCGACCGGACACCUCCCGACUGUUGCUGUUCUCGAGGCGACGCCCAGGACUGAUGAAGGAUUCUCGCAGUUCCCCGCGCUCCCGCCGAGAAAACCCCCGCCUGCGCCCCUUCAGUUGAUUCAGGAUAAGAGACCAAAGUUGAGCCCUUCGCCCGAGGAGGAAGAGACAGACUCGGACUACGAUGAUAUCCUGGAAGUUGACGAGAUUGUCGACGAUCGACGCGGCCGACGAAGAACGCGGGAGGAGGACGACCGGGAGCGAGAAAUCAUCGCUCUCAAGGAAGCGGCUGCACGCAGUGCAUCCAAGAAGAGCAAGUCUAGCCAACCUGGAUCCCCAAGGGACGUGCUUCCAACAUCUCAGUCAGAGUCUGAAACAGCCUCAUUGGCACAGAUGCUUAACGCGCCCAAGGCAAGGGAGAUCCCUGCGCCUUUACUGAGCCCUGGCUUGCCUGCCAGCCCUCGCCCUUUCAACAUGAGCUCGCCGCCUUUGUCCCCAAGGACCGCGCCCUUCCAAGCUGCGCCUUUGUCACCGCGACCCCCUCGGGCGCCUAUCCCAUUGCCUCCAAACACUCCCUUGGCAACACCAGGAGCAACCCCAGCCAGGACACCAGCGACCGCACCCGUUACCGAGGAUCCUACAUCGCCGAAAAAGCAGCCCACGCAGGAAGAGAGUGUUGGCUACGCGGAUAAGCCAUCGACGAGAAUGUCAACUCCCACCGAGCGAACGGAAGUCUACAAGGGCCUGGUCACGGAGGAAUAUCCUGAUCUUCUCCUUCCACCCAACGCUCUCCCCUCCGUCGAGGUUAAGGUGGCCUCAUCGCGAAUGAAGCCAUCUAGAGCGAGCAUGCUUUCGCUCACGCAGCUCGAAGAGGACCCCGUCUUCACUCUCGCCGUCAUUUCACGCGCCGAUAACGGCGAGCUCUGGCGGGUCGAGAAGGACUCGGCAUCACUGACGAAACUGGAUCAGCGAUUGAAGCAAUUCUCUUCAUACAAGGCAAGGAUGCCGGAGCGCUCAUUGUUCAGUGGACAUGCACCAGCCAAGCUUGAUGCUCGGAGGGCGAUUUUGGAGCAGUUCAUGGAUGACCUGCUCAACACUCCGUUCGACACGAACACAGCCGUUGAGGUCUGCAAGUAUCUGUCGACGAAUGUGCUCCCGCCCAAUUCUGAUGAUACAGGAUCUAUCGGCGACUCAGGAUCUGAGGUCAGUGGCUCCAAGACUGGGGCUGAUGGACGGCCUCGGCGUAGCGGUUACUUGACCAAGAAGGGCAAGAAUUUUGGCGGUUGGAAGGCGAGAUUCUUUGUUCUCGAUGGACCGCAUCUGAAGUACUACGAAGUACCCGGUGGCGCUCACCUGGGAACCAUCAAGCUUCAGGGUGCGCAGAUUGGCAAGCAAUCUCAGAGCAACGACAAUCAAUCCCCGGCUCGCGGAGCCACUGGCGAAGAUCUCGACAACCAGUUCCGUCACGCGUUCCUCAUUCUGGAGCCUAAGAAGAAGGACUUGAGCAGCCAUGUCAAGCAUGUGCUGUGCGCCGAGAGUGACAGGGAGCGAGAUCGCUGGGUAGAGUCGCUUCUGCAGUGGAUCGAUUACCGCGAUCCAGACGACUCUGAACCGCCGCCUUCCAGAAGUGGCCCAGUUCACGACCGACAGACAUCGUUGGGUGAACGUGCAGGCGGAAACAAGGUCCGAAAGGGGCCGCACAAGUCUCAUCACCAUCCUUCCGACUCGGAUACCCUGAUCGGUGUUCGAUACGGUGACACUCAGGCUGGUGAUGCCCCUCAACUUGCAGCCCCUGCGACUCCUGCACGACCCAAGACUUCUGGCGGUUUGCCCGAUCACCACCACCACCACGGUUUUGAUAGCCUGUCCUCGCAGACUGGCAAGCUCAUCUCGGGUCCCAAGGACCCACAACCGAUCUCUGAUGCUGGUGCUUGGGGCAACAAGACAGGUCUGUCACUUCCGACCAACGAUGAGAAGAAGCAAAGGAAGCGAAGCUUCUUUGGGUUCGGUCCAAAGACACGCUCCUCCUCUGAAGGACAGGACUCGCUGUUCGGCGGCAGUGAGGGCGGCUCCAACGCAACGCCGCCGCAGAACGCGUACCAAGGUCCCGUUCGGCAAGCCUUUGGAGCUCCCUUGGCAGAGGCUGUCAGAUACAACUCACCCACGGACGUCAACGUGCCUGUCCCGGCUGUUGUCUAUCGAUGUAUCCAGUACCUGGAUGCGAAGGACGCUGUGCUCGAAGAAGGAAUUUUCCGACUCAGUGGAUCUAACGUGGUUAUCAAGCAGCUCCGGGAGAGGUUCAACACUGAGGGAGAUGUCAACUUGGUGACUGAUCCACAGUACUACGACAUCCACGCCGUUGCUUCUCUGCUCAAACUGUACCUGCGAGAAUUACCGACGACAAUAUUGACAAGAGAGCUUCACAUGGAAUUCUUGUCAACGAUUGAGAUUCCGGAUCACACCAAAAAGAUUGCCGCGAUGAAUGAGCUGGUUCAGCGGCUUCCCCAAGCCAAUGCCACCCUGCUCAAGUAUCUGAUUGGCUUCCUGAUCAAGAUCAUUAAUAACGCGGACAUGAAUAAGAUGACUGUGCGCAAUGUCGGUAUUGUCUUUUCACCCACGCUCAACAUUCCGGCACCCGUCUUUGCCAUGUUCCUGCAGAAUUAUGAGGGCAUCUUUGGUAUUGAUCCCGAGGUCUACGAGCUUCCAUCACCCAUCUCUGAGCCUGACCUGCACGCUGGCGGCUUCCCUGAUGCACCGCCACGAUUCGAGCUCCCUACUCGACCGUCUACAUCAGGAGGCGCCUCUCCCCAUGGACAAAUGCGCAAGGAUUCGAUCCAGAACUUGAAGCGGUCCACCCCUACGCCUCCCCUGUUAAUGAACAAUCCUGCAGUACGGGCGUCGCCUCCAUCGAGUGCCUCCAGACCAGGCUUCGAUCCUUCAAAUCACUACGACUCACGACCACUCUACGAUGGCGGAUAUCGACCACCUUCUGGACAUGAUACCCGCGGCGGAUAUGACCGGCGUAUCUACCAGGCUUCACACGAGGAUCUCGGCAGUGCCUCUGCAGCGUACGACCAGAGCUUUGUUCCUAACCGACGCCGCGAGAGCGCCAUCUUCAUGGGCGGCAUCGUGGGACCGCAUCACCAGGGAUCAAAGAGCCGCCUCCGAGAGGAAACGCGAUUCUAA